UCAGUGUCGAAGGGGGAGGUGUUUUGGAGGCACUCUCGAGCGAAGCUUCGGCAGGCGAUCGGCCACUGCAGCCUGUCACAUAACUGUUGCAAGGAGAGGCGGCAGGCCAUCGGUCAUGGCUGACGCGGGGAAAUCGUUCUUGUCUGCCCUGAUUCGGAGGAAGAGAGUCGGGGCCGAUGCCGCCGAGGCUUCGCAACUCAAUAGGUGCCUCUCCACAUUUGACUUGACCUUUCUUGGGGUCGGAGGCACCCUGGGCCUAGGCAUCUAUGUCCUGGCUGGACAAGUGGCCAGCACCAAGGCAGGGCCUGCCGUCGUCCUCUCAUUCCUUAUCGCCGCCAUUGCCUCUGUAUUCUCAGGCCUGUGUUAUGCAGAGUUUGGAUCUCGCGUCCCUCGGGCGGGAUCUGCAUACGUGUACAGUUAUGUUACAGUAGGGGAGUUCAUGGCAUUCGUCAUUGGUUGGAAUCUCAUCUUGGAGUACAUAAUCGGUACGGCAUCAGUGGCGAGAGGCUACAGUGGAUACCUGGACAGCCUGCUGAACCACACCAUUGAGACGCACAUGCGACAGUGGAUGCCCAUCAGUGUCAGCUGGCUCUCGUCCUACCCGGACCUGUUUGCUCUGGGCAUCACCCUUUUUCUAGCCAUGAUGCUGGCCAGUGGGGUAAAGGAAUCGACGCGCUUUAACAAUAUCUUCACGGGCCUCAAUUUGGUCGUGGUCGUCUACGUGGUUAUUGCGGGCUCUUUCAAGGCCGACAUUGCCAACUGGCAGCUCAAACCAAAAGACAUUCCCAGUGGUCAUGGGAAGGGAGGCUUCUUUCCGUAUGGGAUUGGUGGUGUUUUAAAUGGGGCUGCCUCCUGUUUCUAUGGAUUCGUUGGUUUCGACGUAAUUGCCACGAUGGGCGAGGAGGUUCGAAAUCCCCGGCGUGCAAUUCCUGUUGGCAUAGUCGUCUCGCUUGGUAUUGUCUUCCUGGCAUACUUUGGCGUCUCAGUCAUAGAGACGCUCCUCUGGCCAUAUUACGCACAGAACGUGUCCGCACCGCUGCCAUUUGUCUUCCAGCAGGUUGGCUGGUCAGUGGCCAAGUGGAUAGUCUCCAUCGGGGCUCUGGCUGGUCUGUCCACAAGUCUUCUGGGCAGCAUGUUUCCUCUUCCACGUGUCCUCUAUGCCAUGGGUUCGGAUGGACUCAUCUUUCGCUUCCUGGCCAUCGUGCAUCCACGCCUCAAGACGCCCCUGAUCGCCACCGCUUUGUCGGGUGUCUUUGCUGGUGUGAUGGCAAUGAUGUUCAACGUGGAGGAGCUGGCCAACAUGAUGUCCAUCGGAACCCUGCUCGCCUACAGCUUGGUGGCUGUAUCUGUGCUCAUGCUGAGAUACGAACCUCUGAACCCCCAAUCCAUCGCCUCUCCUGAACCAUCCCUUUCCGUGUCCAUCUCAAACAGGAGACGAAUGUAUGACGUUACGCGUCCAUCUGAUGGCGAUGCCGAUGCACCAGACUCAAAGCAGCCCGAUGACCAGAAGCGACGAAGCAUCAUAACAAUGCUCUUUAACCUGGACAAACUCUCAAGCCCCACGGAGGCCACGUCUUUUCUCGUCAAGGUUCUCACCCUGUCCCUCGGGGCCCUGUUCAUGGCUCUGACAGCACUGUUGGUGUUUGCUGAAGCCGAGGUGCUGGCUCUUCAAGCGUCAGCCGUGGCACCCCUUGCACUCAUGGCGCUGGUGUCUAUCUUUUGUAUCGCCUGCAUCAUGAGGCAACCCAGUGCAAGCACCGAGAGCCUUGCAUUUGCGGUUCCACUGGUACCGUUGAUCCCAUUGUUCAACAUGUUUGUCAACCUAUAUCUUAUGAUGCGUCUUCCACCAGCCACCUGGGCUAGGUUUGGUAUCUGGAUGGCUGUAGGGAUGGUGAUCUACUUUGGAUACGGCAUCUGGAACAGCUCACAGAGGAAAGCAUCGCCCCCUAUCCUGGACGAAGGGGCCGGCUCAAACGAGUCCUCUAGCUCCGAUCACAGUGAUGACGCAGCUGCAAGUCCAUCAGCGAGGACUAGACACUGACCAAAGCUUUUUGUUGCCAGCCCAACAGGACUUUCUAUUUUUACUCUUCUAUAUUUUUUAAUUC